AUGAUCAAGGCUCUUCCUAUCGCCAUAGCAAUAAUUGUUACAAACGGACUCGUGUUUUUCUUGUUUUAUAAACGAAAGAGCCUGCGCAUCAAGUCUAAUUACCUUCUGCUUGGGCUAGCGGUCUGCGACUUUCUGACAGGCGCGGUAAACAUUCCGUACUUCAUUAUUUUCUCUUUCAAUGUGGUACCUUCUCGGAUGUUUGAUCAGUUUGCCUUUUGGAUGUACGCCCUUCACACCCUUACGGCUGUUUCGGCAGCUUAUCACAUUCUUGUCAUAACUGCAGAAAAGUUUCUAGCAAUUGCUCAGCCACUGAGACAUCAUAUAGUCACCAAAAAGGCAGUGUUCAAAGUAUUAGCGGGAAUUUGGUUCAUAUCAGCUUUUAUCGCUAUAAUACCGCUCUCUUGGCGGAAUGCCAAAUCAAAAAGCCUUGCUCUUAUCAUUCAUUCUUCCUUUUGCCUCGCUCUCGUAUUCUUGGUCCCGUAUGUAUUUAUGGUGUACGCGUACACGGUGAUGUUCAAAGCGGUCAGCGGUAGAAAGAGGCCAUCACAACAUGGACACAAACAGCGACUACAAAACAAAAACAAAACCGACCGAAAGUGUAUCUUUGUAUUUGCUUUGAUGGCGGCGAUAUAUCUGUGCUGUUGGCUGCCGUAUUUCACACUCAUGUUAAUUAUUAACAUCAAGUUUUACACCAAGUCCAACGCUUUCGUAGCUAUUGAGAAAGCUACGGAUGCUUUCGCAGUUAUUAGAUACAUAACAUCGGCAACGAAUCCAUUACUCUACACUUUUUUCAAGCGCGACUUUUGGAUAGCCUUGCAUGGUGUUUCGGUAAGAAGAAACUCGACUUCCUCUGAAAAUAGCUCACUGACGCAGAGAGCACAGUUUUCGUUGAGAUACUUUUCAGUAAAACGCCAAUCAAGAUCGUUGGACAGCUCUAAGUCCGCUAACAACACCGAACUCUCCCACCUCUAGUCAACCACAGCCGGUGACAAAACAUAAGAUUAAGAAAGAGAGAAACAUGACGACUUUUAAUUACAUUGCUGCAGCAAAUGCCGCUUACAUUAUGGCCUCGUGGUUCGGAGAAAACGCAGAAAACGUUUCCGGGGUUGCCACCUUGACGAGUACCAGAAAGACAGAAAUAAAAUAAAACCACCGGAGAAGCCUUCUUCGACAGUUUUGAAUGAACCCCUGAUGGAGCUUUUUGUCAUCAUCAGAUCAUUUACUCGCUGAUAUAGUCGUGAUAAGGGAGAAUAACGGAGCCAGAAAAACUUGCUUUAUCAGAAACAGGAGCCAGUCUUGUCUUAUUGACGUAUUACUGAGUCAGUUAGAAUAGGAGAAACUUUGUUCAGUUACAUUUUUUGCUUCAUUUAUGCAUGCUUAUCAUUCUCUGAUUUAACUAUUAAAAUAAUAUCUCUGAAUAUCGAAAGAGCAUAGCAAUAUUAGUAAUCCCUGGAAAUUUAAGCUUGAUAUACAAAAUCACUCUUUUUUUGCCAAGCAGCAACUCCGUGUUCCCUGCGCUGUUCAAGGUCACUUCGGUCGCUCAUGGACAUGAGUGUACAACCCAAAAUUUGUUGCGUCUUGCUUCUUAUGAGCAUAACCAUUGGUAACAAAAAUGUCGUCACUUAAAAUGUGCUCAUCAUGGUCCAGAGGGAGCUAAUCGUACGUCUUUAAAGAGCUAAUUGGCGUGCAGGUUAUUGUUUAAUAAGUAGGUUCUAAUAAUAACCCAAUCUUCAUUUAAGUGUCAGAACAAUCAGUAACAUCAGUAACAUUAUUUUACAAUUUUAAACUAUAUCGUAUUGUUUACAAAUUAAAAGCUAAAUUUAUGUCCACGAUAGAAAACUAUUUACAAUUGUAAAUAAUUUAAAAGUGAGAAAAGGAAAAUCAAGUAUUACAAAGAAAAAAAAAACUAUCAAAAAUAUGGGCCUAAAAUUAUGAGUGCAGAUGUAGACCAGCUACAGCGAAAGUGAAGUCUUCUGAGACCUCACGUGAUUUGAAUGGAUAUCUAGAACCUCUGAUUAUUGAAUAUUAAAUAUUACGUUUUUUGUUUAGUUUAUAUUCUUCUUGCUGAAGAAUUUGCCUGGUGACGGCUUAUACAAGUUAAAUAUGAUUCAGCCAUUGUGUGAAUUAAAGUAAUAAAGAAGUUUACGAUUUUGUAAUGUCACCACUUGUGAAGUAGUUUUUAAACGUUUAGGCUCAGUGCUGUACAGUCUCUGUAAAGCUGGUAGCUUACGAGAAGUGGUCGCUAUGAGAGAGUUGACUGUAGUAAUAAAAAGCUGUUUCACAUUCUUAGAUUUGUGACAAAGAACCCCGGGGAGGGUACUCCCUUAUGAGAGGCUAACGGGGAUGUGCCGCUGGAUGGGGUCGUAUUUUCACGACUGGACUGACUAUAAUGGGGUCGCACUUUUAAUAGAGUCACUAGAAUGGGAUCGCACAUUUUCUGAUUUUAAGGGUAAGACAGUUGUUCAUAUUAGCAGUUAGCAAACGUACUAGAAUGUUUGUACUGUUGGUGUUUUUCAUUCAAUAUAAGUUAGAUACAUAAAUAGAAAGUGACUAAGUUGGGAUCGCAAAUAUUAGAUUUUUGCCGCAAAGUGACUGAGAUGGGGUCUAUACUUGGUCACAGAAUAGACUAUAAUGGGGUGGGGGCUCUAAGAGGCCAGCGGCACAUACCCAGCAAAAACUUGUCCAAGUAUCCACUCGUAAACUAUACAACACUUAAAUGGGAAAUUCAAAGUUCAAUGUUUCGAACGCCAAUAGACUGUUCUUUCGCCCCAAUUUUUUUAAUUAAGGGCUCAAAACAUGGUUCGAGUUAUCAAGGCUAAAAUUAUAUAGAAAUCAUCUGAGGAGAAACAAAAACUACUUCGAGUAAGCGCGAGGUUAGAGUUAUCGAGGGUUCAAGUUACCGACGGAAAAUUACAGUAAUAUGUAUGACGGAAUUCCAGGGGAAAUCGAUUUUGGUUCGAGUUAUUAGCGCGAGGUUCGAGUUAGCGAGGGUUCGAGUUAUCGGGAGUCAACUGUAUUCACCAACCUCCAAAUUCUACGUCGUGUUUGUCGGCUGAAGUGUCACAGCCGUUGGCGGGAUUCCCCUUCGUAAACAAUCGUUGCCAUGUUUGAAGAUCGGAGAAAAUUUUUGACCUGUUUAAGUGUUAAACUGACUCACCAAUUUUCCGAAACAUUUACCAAUACACUCUUGACUAAUAAACUGCCUUCAUAUCUGAUAUAUCAUAACGGGACCCAAGACUUGGGCUUAAAUAAAGUUCGUUCUCUCUAAGAGUAUAAAAAAAGUAUUUUUUUUCUUAUUAUAAUUGUAACCUAAUCCAGGGAAUACAUGAGAUUUACCAGCAACUGCCAUACUAAGCCUCAGUUUAUUUUUAGACACAUUUUAGCGCACUUGUUCCCGCGAAAAUAGAAUCUCUGCCACAUCUAUGAGCGCAAUCCAAGUAUAAGAUAUCAAAAAGGAAACCCAACGUCACGUUUUUCUACAAGUAAAUUGAUGGAGGUUGAAAUUUAAUAGGCUCUACGCAGUCGUAUUUGGGGGAAGGAGGAAAUACGACUCCCCUAACGCCUGCGUGAGAGGCAAGGAAACAGUCAGGCUGACUGCGGCAAAAAAAUGAAUCCCUUUACCGAAAAUUAAAGUUAACGAUUAAGGAAAGUUUGUUUGCACGGCUUACUUACGUCAAGCUUUUUUGGGAACACAAGUAGUUGCUAAUACGUUAGCUCGCAUACGCGUUGAUACAAACGGUCACAACUUUUGAUAUACUGAAAUUGCACAUAGGGUUUUGUAUAUUGUUAAUAACAGAUGGUCUAUCUUUGCGUCUAUUUUGUCUGGAGCUUUCAAUUAUCUCCCAAACGUCAGAAAUAAGCUUUUAAAACAGGGUCAUUUUUGGCUUUUCGCUCCAAGGCAAUUAGUCGGGGUCAUAUUUUGCUUGAUUUCGUCUUUCGAGCUAAAGUUAGCGGGUAACUAUUACUUACAGGAAGAACUAGAGAUGUUUACCUAUAAAUAGGUAUAAAAUUCAUUGGUACUAUGGUGCAAAUCAAACAUUCACAGCAUCGCAAAAAAUGCCAAAUUUUCAGUUCUCAAGACGUGCAAAAUGUCCGUGGCCGGCGGAACAAAAUACUCGGCGCCCCCUCAUCGUGGCCAGAAAAUUAUUGUUAAUCAAAGCAAACCUAUUUUAGCUAUAGUCUCGAUAAAGCCUAUCACUCGCCAGACUUUCAGGCAAAAUUAUUUUUCUCGCGGAAUUGAGUGGGCGUUGUUUACUAAGACAGCCUCUUAAAAGUUGAAAACAUGUUCCGUGUUGCGCUGCGACGCCGCGUUACAAAAAGGUUAGAUAUCUUUGUUGUAGGGAAACCGUAUGUCUAUAAAAGAAAAGAAAAGAAAAAGAGGAAAAAGUAGAAGAAAAAGAAGAAAGAAGAGAGUAGAGCGAUUUGUACGUGCACGGUCUAAAUGGGUGCCGCCGCUUCGCCGCCGCUUGAAAUUUCAUUAACGACAUCCACGGUGAUAAACAACAUUUUUAAAAUCAUAAUUAUAUGUCGGGUAAUAUAAACAGCCAUAAAAUACUGAAUCGGAUUAUCUUACACUCAGUGAUAAAUAUUCUAUGACAUGACCACAUUAAUUUUGCUUUUUCAGAAAAUGUAAAAUGCUUGAUGUUAUGUUACCGAUUAUGUUGUUAACCACAUAACUGGCUACUGAUUGAACAUUUUGGGCGACUGUCGUCAGAAGUUCAUCGAAAAAGUUUGAAAACAGGUACAUUUUGUUUAAAAAGCUAAGGUUUUUGGGGGAUGAUAGGCAAGGGUUUUUAUCGGCACAAUUUUUCGGAUGAGUUAAAAUUGCCAUGGAUUACUUUCAAUAGUUCUUUUUUUACCGAUGUGAUGGUAGUUGUUUGUGUUAAAAUUAAGCACCACACACAAAAUCCACAGAGCAAAACAAAAACCAAAGCUCACUGAACAAACCGAAAAAAUUAGCAAACAAUUAAGACCGACUGAUUCUAUUGAAUCAUCAUAUCUGCAUUGUACGCGAUUUUCUUCUGGCAUGCAAUUAUAGGAUGAAGCAUAGGACAUUAGACGGGUAGAGCGUAAAAUCAUACUAUUAGGGACUUGUCAGAAAUUAGCAGUCGGGGGGCGGAGGGGGGGGGAAUUUUAAAUUUGGGUUCGGAAAUGAGGUGACCCAUCCCUGCAAUGGGACUGAAAUUUUCUAACCUUGGCCUAAAAUAUCAUGACCCUCGCCCUCUUGUAUAAAUGAUAAAAUCUAGUUCUUACAGUACACUAGGGUGAGUUAGUAUUAUGAAAACUCAAAAUCAAUUAUAUUUCUAAUCCGUUCUUUGAAAUGCCAUAUACAUACAUAUAUUUUAGAUGACAGCAUUAAGCUGAGUCCGACUCUGAUUCUGACAGCUGAUCACUCGACUCUCCUAUUUCUCCCAGGUUUUUUUUACAAAAUAAAGAACUUCUUUUUUCUUCUGUGGGUGAACCUCUACAUGAUCACAGACACAUAUUUGCAUGACCCUCCCCCUUUUAACGGCCCAUUUUUCAUGACCCCUCCCUUUUCUGCAGUCUCAAAACGUUGUGACCUUCCCUCUGUUUUCACCCCCCCUCCUCCCCUGCUAAUUUCUGAAAAAUCCCUUUCGAAGAAUCAUACGAAUACCACAACCAUAGUUAAUUGAGUGGAAUGGUUAUGAAACCCGCCAGACUCCUUUGUUAUAUGUUUUUGUGGACCUGAAAGUGCACAACGUUCAAAAGAAUUCCUAUCAUUUUGAUUGUAUUGACCAAUAAAAACGUUGCAUUAAUUUAUUCCGUAACAAUUUGCCAACAGAAAACAAAGGAUUGUGCUCUUUCACGGUGCUUUGAACAUAAACUGCAGCACUGUUGUUUUUAUCAUUGAUGUUUGCCGCUUUUCAUAACCAGUCUCCUCUAAUAACUAUGCCACAACUUGCACACAAUUACGUCUACGGGUGAGACACAGUUGCAACUUGUACAAUUCUGAUGAUUGAUAAAGCAACAUUGAAUGCAACUUUUAUAAACUUCAAAAACAAGGUUAACUUUAAUUUGCAAUUCAGUCCCAAAUUCGUAAUUUUUGCCAUUUUAUUAAACGCCUUUGUUGUUAGUAAUGCCUUCCUCAAACACAGUUUUAUUGCAGUUUUCCACAACUUCCGUAGUUCCCUUUCUUCAACUGAGUGAUUCAUCCGUUUUAUUCAUCUCAUACGGAUCCUUCAAUUUGCAUAUAUUUUGCAUAUUUCAGGGAAAAGUGUAUAAUUUCGCACUUGUCUUUAGUCAAGGCUUUUCCAAAACUUUUAAUCUCUUUUAACGGUCGAAUUUUCAACGCCAAGACAGGUUUAUGAAAUGUGGAAGUUUUUUUUUAUCUUGUCGCCAAUUUGUACUAGAAUUACGUGAUGCUUUGAAGUCACACCUGCUCGCAUUUCUCUCCAUCACAGUAUUCAAACACGGCUGAUUACAUGAAUAUUUUUAUCGUUAGCACUCUUCCGUGCUUUCCCAGUUUGCGUAACAAUUUAAAAUUCAACUUAAUUUGCUUCUUUGAUUUUGAUUUCAGGAGUUGAGUAGGAUUGAAAAUUGAAACCCGUCAAACAUGAACAACAGCUCAAGUGCGGCUAUCAAAGUUCAAAAUCAGCAGGAAAAUCAAGGAUUGAGACAGAUGAUCAAGGCUCUUCCUAUCGCCAUAGCAAUAAUUGUUACAAACGGACUCGUUUUUUUCUUGUUUUAUAAACGAAAGAGCCUGCGCAUCAAGUCUAAUUACCUUCUGCUUGGGCUAGCGGUCUGCGACUUUCUGACAGGCGCAGUAAACAUUCCGUACUUCAUUAUUUUCUCUUUCAAUGUGGUACCUUCUCGGAUGUUUGAUCAGUUUGCCUUUUGGAUGUACGCCCUUCACACCCUGACGGCUGUUUCGGCAGCUUAUCACAUUCUUGCCAUAACUGCAGAAAAGUUUCUGGCAAUUGCUCAGCCACUGAGACAUCAUAUAGUCACCAAAAAGGCAGUGUUCAAAGUAUUAGCGGGAAUUUGGUUCAUAUCAGCUUUUAUCGCUAUAAUACCGCUCUCUUGGCGGAAUGCCAAAUCAAAAAGAAUUGCUUUUAUCAUUCAUUCUUCCUUUUGCCUCGCUCUCGUAUUCUUGGUCCCGUAUGUAUUUAUGGUGUACGCGUACACGGUGAUGUUCAAAGCGGUCAGCGGUAGAAAGAGGCCAUCACAACAUGGACACAGACAGCGACUACAAAACAAAAACAAAACCGACCGAAAGUGUAUCUUUGUAUUUGUUUUGAUGGCGGCGAUAUAUCUGUGCUGUUGGCUGCCGUAUUUCACACUCAUGUUAAUUAUUAACAUCAAGACUUAUAGCAAGUCCAACGAUUUAGUAGCCAUAGAGAAAGCUACGGAUGGUUUCGCAGUUAUGAGAUACAUAACGUCGGCAACGAAUCCAUUACUCUACACCUUUUUCAAGCGCGACUUUUGGAUAGCCUUGCAUGGUGUUUCGGUGAGGAGAAACUCG